CUUUUCCUUCUUCCUUUCUACCCAUUAAACAAUGGGAAAAUGGCAGGUUAUGAAUCAUCCUUUCCCCUCUAAAGGAAACAACCAUCAUUGCUCCCAACAAUCCUUUUCAACCUGAACUUGCAAGAUUUGAUAUUCCAUUCUCUCUUUCUCCUUUCAAUUUAAAUACCACACUCUUUAUAACCUUUGUUUUUCCUCCCCCUCUCCUCUCCCCCCCUCCACUCUUCCCUCUCCUCCUCCUUUUCAUCUUAUGAUGGAUCCUUCCUCCACCAACUCCGUCAAUGGCUUCUACAACUUCCUGACCAGAGGCAUCGAUGAUCUUGAACGCGUCUUCUUGUCUAACAACUUCAUGUCCAUCCAAUUCCUGCAGAGAGUCUUGUCCCUCUUGAGAUCCUUCCACUCUCAGUUGACUCUUUUGGUUCAGAAACUCCAUUUGCCUGUUGGUGAGAAAUGGCUUGAUGAGUAUAUGGAUGAAAGUUCUAAGCUUUGGGAGGUUUGCCAUGUCCUUAAAGCUGGCAUAUCAGGCAUGGAAAAUUACUACACUGCAGGCUUCAACAUAACUUCUUCCCUUGAUGGCCAUCGCCGUUUGAGCCCACAGCUCUCCCGACAGGUUAUUCGGGCUAUAUCAGGAUGCAGAAGAGAGGCUGUGGGGCUGGAGGAGGAAAAUAGAUCUCUGAUGGAGACAAGAAUUGAGCCCCUGUCUUUGAAAUUUGAUGAGAAAGUGUCUGUAGAAUCAAAGCUGAAUGGAUUCAAUGGUUUCAGGGGAGUUCUUUAUGCAAUGAGAAACGUUAGUUCACUUCUGCUGAUGAUUUUGCUCUACGGAUUAGUCUACUGCUGGCCCGAACCGAAUUUUUCGAUAAACGGAUGUGAAGGGUGCCUGUUCUUUGGAUCAGCCUUCAUGAUCUCAACAGCCAGGCUGCAGCAGAGGGUGGAAUCUGAGAUCAAUCAAAUGACGGGGCGGGCCGGGGUUCUGCUGUAUGAGUUUAGGAGAUCAAAGGUUGCCAUGGAAGAGCUGAGGGGGGAGCUUGAGAGGAGGUGCUCACAGUCGCAGGGGAUUGUGGAGUGGGAAUCAGAAGUUGGGAUAAGAGAAAGCGUGGAAAGUUUGAAGGGUUGUUUUGGGGUUUUGAGGGCUGGGACUGAAAACAUAAUUGGACAGCUUGAUGACUUUUUUGAUGAAAUUGUUGAAGGGAGGAAGAUGCUCUUGGAUUUCUGCAGUCAUAGGUAGACAACUCAAGAGUUUUCCCUUUUUUGUUUUUCAAAUUCAAGAAAUGACAAGGAAAAGGAGAAAUACAAGUGUAGGUGAACAUUAUUAGUAGUAGUUGAAGUUGAUUGUAUCUCAUUUUAGUUUCUCUUUCUCUUUACAAUUUCUUCUUGUUGAUCUUUUGUUUCUACAGCAGCCAAAAUUGGGAGGCACUGCAGAUGCCUUUGCUUUUAAUAGGAAAAUAUGUUAAA